AUGGAGGGCGACAUAAACACUUCUACCCCAAGCGGAGAUAUUUACGAAGAUAUUCUUCGUGAAAAGCCAGACUUUUCGACGAUUAAAUCUAAUAAAACUAUCCCAGAUUAUGGAGCAUAUCAAGAAUGUGAUAAGCCUAUUUUAACAGAAGAUCCGCCUAGAUCCCUCAUUUUAAAUGUUUGUGGUGAUAUGAUCCAUCGGACUUGUGUAAGAGGAAUUGAUAAGAGAGGAACAUUAUAUUGCUCAUGUGGCAAGGAUGAUGAUAGCGAUCCAUUAUUGUCUUUAGAGGGUUUUGAAUUUAAUGACGAUCUGUUUGAGAAGGCUUGCGAUAAAUGUUCUGAAGUAAUCUCUAAAGUGCUUCUAUUAAGGCUUGAUGCUUCUGUUUCUAAACCACUCGUACUACUACCAUGCAGACAUAAGGCUCAUUUUGAAUGCAUUAGUAAUAAGAGUAAGCUGUGCCCCAAAUGCCCGUCAAUUGAUGAUCUUGAAAAAGAAGGAUAUUAUAUUUCACCUGCUUUCGAUAAAGCACCCAAGAAAAGGAAGAGGAAAGAUGAUUCGCGUAAAGCUACUAGGGGUACAAAAGUACAAACCAUAAUUCGUGAGCUGUCCAUCCGCCUAGCUAGUGAAGUAUUAAUUGGUGCUCCUCUCGAAAGUUCUGACAUGAGAGAAGUUUCGAAUCAAUUCCACAAAUUAUAUUAUGAGAUUGAUGAUGCAGAAAAAAAUGGGGAUCGAACUAAUAGAGAUUUAGUUCAUUUCUAUUUUCGAUUUGGAAAAGCCUUAUCAGAUCGAUUAGCUAUACUUUUGCAAAGCAAUCCUCCGCAAACAGCGCAUACAAAGCUGAACAAAGAAGUUAAGGAAAAACUUUCAAAGAAUGCAAAUAAUGGUAUGGUGCGCAAGAGAACAGAUACAGCCAGGAAAAUUUAUGACAUCUUUAAUGUGAUAGGUGAAGAUAAGUUUCUUCGUAUCAAGUCUUUUACCGCAUCUAGUUUUUCAGAUCUAACGAGAA